AUGGAGAAAGAGAACAACUCGGUGAGCUUCUGUCUCUCCAAAGAUCUCAAGAUACCCUUCCAAAUCAAGAUCUUAUCAUUUGAAGGCUAUAAAGCAACCAAUGAAGAAUAUCGUCAUAACCACGAAAUCUUCCUUACAAUUCAGCUAGUAGCUGAUAACAAACUACUAUUACCAUCAAUUACCAAGAUAGUAAAAUACUCCCACUCUGUCCAUCAUUAUUUAUUCAAGGAAAAACGAAAUGACUCUAGAAGUCUCUGGAUAAAAUUCCCCAUUCAUUACAGUCAAUUGCCUUUAACAUGUAAACUUCGCUUUAUCCUGUUUGAUUACCAUGGGCAAACAGGAGAGAGAAUUGUUGUUGGAUUUACAGAAUUGAACAUUUUCAAUAUUGAAAAUGAUGACGAAUUUGAGUAUAGCUGUGCCCUGAAAAGAGGAAGUCAAAAGAUUCCUGUAAAGCUAUCUUCAGAGAACGGAGAGGUCACCGAGGCUAGCCACACCAAGCAUGGACUAGACGAUGUUAAUUUGCAGAGAAAAAUCAAGAAUUUCGAAAUAAACGGUAAGCAAAACCAGUCUCUAAGUUGGCUGAAUGAAUUGAGCAACAAGAAAAUUAGUCAGCUAAACAAGUUAUACAGCCAAAAAAAUUGUUAUCUGCAUGUUGAAUUCAAGACAUUUGACAUUCCAGUUGUUUAUUCCGAUGUAAAAUAUUCCUUGAUUAAUAUCCCGACGAUAACUGACAAAAUUGGAAGUGCAAUCAAUGAAAACGACCUUCUUUCCAACAAUAUCGAAUCUGCACUUCAGACACCUGACAGGAAUGUUUUUGAUCCUGAACAGUACAGAGAUAGUCGAAACGACGAUCCGAUAGAGUUAAAGUUCCGAAAACUAGAACGAACCCAUCAAAGCUCAUUUACAAAUAAAGACAUCAAGCCAACUUUGAAAAUGCGGGAGAAUAUUAUAAAUGUACUACGCAAACAAUUUUUCGAAAAGUUGACCCUUCAAGAAAAGAAUCUGAUAUGGAAAUAUCGAUUCUUUGUACUGAACAAUUUAAUACUUAACAAAAACUACACAUCUUCACAGUUCAACAACUUCACAGUAAACUUCAUGAAGGCUAUCAAUUGGGAUGACGAUUUUGAGGUGAAAGAGUUCCUUACACUGAUCGACAAAGUACCAGAAUCAACAAACAGUGACGAACAAGAAUUAACUAGUCAAAUGGAUCAUAGAUUUGUAUUUAUCACACAGCUUGAGAUCGUGGAUUGUCUGGAACUCUUGCGAGGCAAUUAUCAGAACCCAAUAGUCAGGAAUAUGGCUAUAGACAGGUUGAGAUUGGCCCCUGAUAAAGACCUUGAAUUUUAUUUGGUACAACUGGUUCAAUGUCUUCGUUAUGAAACUGGAAACUAUGAUUAUGAAGAAAUGCUGGACUCUUCAUUUUCCGACGACAUUGUUUCUAGCAAAUACACGUUUGUGGAUGAUGAUCCGAUCUUCCGUCUGCUAACAGAUUUCAGAUAUCUAAAACAAAAACAUAAAAAACUGCCUGAUCUCAACUCUCCACUGGCCAGAUUUCUGAUUCAAAGGUCUAUUGAGAACGAGAGGUUGACUAACUUCUUCUAUUGGUGUCUGAAAGUGGAAACUGACGGUGAAUUAUUGCAAGAUGUCAAACAACCUGUUAAUCCUUCAGGUAGCUAUGAAGAGUUCAUCGAAGAAGAUACUAGGUCACCGGACGCUGGAAGUCCUUCGACUAUUACCAUUAAUAAGAAGUCUUCGAACAUCUUUAAGAUUACGCUAACUCACUUUAUUGUGGAAAUGUCAACACAUGAAAAUGGGAAAAUGAAGGUAAAAUCGUUGAAAGAACAGGUCCUAGUAAUGAAGGCAAUUCAGAAUAUCUCUCUUCGAAUCAGGAACGAAUUUAAGAAGGAAACAACUCCGGCCAAAAUUGAGAUUCUAAAGUCCCUAUUAUCUGAAAAAAGGCAAGGUAAAUGGUCUUUAUCAUCCUUUCCACCCAUUCAUCUUCCAUUAAACCCAGCGAUCGAAGUAUCCGGAACAAUCCCUGAACAAUCAUCAGUCUUCCGAAGUUCAUUAUCUCCUUUAAAAAUUACGUUCAAAACUAUAGAUAACUCCUCAUAUCCAGUGAUGUACAAAAUUGGUGACGAUCUACGUCAGGAUCAGUUUGUUAUUCAAUUGAUCACAUUAAUGGAAAGAAUCCUUCAAAAUGAAAACCUUGAUAUGAAAUUGACUCCAUAUAAGAUUUUGUCUAUGGGUGCAAUGGAAGGUCUUAUGGAGUUUAUUCCCAAUGAAGCCCUGUCAUCCAUUCUCAAGAAUAACGGCUCUGUCUUGUCAUUUUUGAAACAAAAUAAUCCUGAUCCAAAUUCAAGCCUAGGGGUGCGGGCUGAAGUAAUGGACAAUUAUGUCCGUUCCUGCGCAGGCUACUGUGUCAUUACUUAUCUCCUGGGAGUGGGAGAUCGUCACUUGGAUAAUUUAUUGUUGUCCAAGGACGGGCACUUCUUCCACGUGGAUUUUGGAUACAUCUUAGGAGAAGAUCCUAAACCGUUCCCUCCAUUAAUGAAACUGCCUAUUCAGGUCAUCGAAGGUAUGGGGGGCCUGAAUGAUGAAAAUUAUAAGUUAUUCUGCAAUUAUUGUUUCAUCACCUAUAUUACACUAAGAAAGAACUCAAGUCUAAUUUUGAAUCUAGUGCAAUUGAUGAUAGACUCAAGUAUCCCCUUGCUCAGAACGAAAAACUCUGAUGAGCAGGAAAAAACCGAAAUCAUUCUCAAAAUUCAGGAAAAAUUCAUGCUAGAACUUAACGACGAAGAUGCAGUGUUACAUUUCCAAAACUUAAUCAAUGACAGCGUGAAUGCAUUCUUGCCCGUGGUUAUUGACCGAUUACAUAAUCUUGCACAAUACUGGAGGGCCUAA